AGCUUAUUAACUCGAUUUUGAGAGAGAGAGAGAGAGAGAGAUGAGUACUGGAGAAACAAAGACUGUGUGUGUGACAGGAGCAUCUGGUUACAUAGCAUCAUGGCUCGUGAAGCUCUUACUACAGAAGGGUUAUACUGUUAAAGGCACUGUUCGUGACCCAAAUGAUCCAAAGAAAACAGAACACUUACUCUCGCUAGAUGGAGCAAAAGAAAGGCUUCAUUUGUUGAAAGCGGAUUUGUUAGAAGAAGGGGCUUUCGAUGAUGUAGUCAAUGGAUGUGUAGGUGUUUUUCAUACAGCAUCGCCUGCACAAUUCUCAGCCACUGACCCACAGGCAGAAAUAGUGGAGCCUGCAGUGAAAGGAACACUCAAUGUUCUUAAAUCGUGCGCGAAAUUCCCCGCUGUCAAGAGAGUGGUUUUAACAUCAUCUAUGGCUUCAGUAACGGGGACUGGAACCCCUCUGACAUCUGAUGUGGUUUUGGAUGAAACUUGGUACUCAGAUUCACUUCUUUGUGAGAAGAACAAGGAAUGGUAUCCUCUCUCAAAAACUUUAGCUGAGGAGGCUGCCUGGAAAUUUGCUGAAGGAAAUGGGAUUGACUUGGUGUCGAUGAAUCCAGGGAUUGCGAUUGGUCCACUCUUACAGCCAACUCUUAAUCUUUCUGUCGAGAUAUUUCGUAAUCUCAUAAGUGGGAUCCAAACAUCAUAUAAAAAUUACAGAUUCGUUGAUGUUAGAGACGUUGCCUCUGCUCAUAUUCGAGCAUUUGAAGUUCCUUCAGCUAGUGGCAGAUAUUGUUUAGUUGGCCAUGUUGCUGACAGUCCGGACACUCUCAAGAUUUUACAACAAUUUUACCCCACUUUGUGCCUUCCUGAGUUUGGCAAUCCUUCAGACUCAAAGUAUCAAGUGUCCAAGGCGAAAGCAAAGGGUUUGGGAAUCACUUUCCUUCCUCUGGAAACAAGUCUUAGGGACUCGAGGAUGAGCGGAGGAACAAAGGUGGUAUGUGUAACAGGAGCCUCAGGUUACAUCGCAUCAUGGUUGGUCAAGCUCUUAUUACAAAGGGGUUACACCGUCAAAGCCACUGUUCGUGACCCAAGUGAUCCAAAGAAAUCAGAACACUUGCUCUCACUAGAUGGAGCAAAAGAAAGGCUUCAUUUGUUCAGAGCAGAUUUAUUAGAAGAAGGAUCUUUUGACACCGUAGUUGAUGGAUGUCAAGGCGUUUUUCAUACAGCAUCUCCUGUUCCGUUUUCAGUCACUGACCCGCAGGCAGAACUAGUUGAGCCUGCAGUGAAGGGAACACUUAAUGUUCUAAAAUCAUGCGUGAAAUUUCCUACUGUCAAGAGAGUGGUUUUAACAUCUUCAAUGGCUUCAGUAUUGGUGAAUGGGAAACCUCUGACCUCUGAUGUGGUUUUGGAUGAAACAUGGUAUUCGGAUCCACUUGUUUGUGAGAAGAACAAGAGAUGGUAUGCGCUCUCAAAAACUUUAGCUGAGGAGGCUGCCUGCAAAUACGCUAAAGAAAAUGGAAUUGACUUGGUUACAAUGAAUCCAGGGUUUGUGAUAGGUCCACUCUUACAGCCAACACUUAAUGUCUCCGUGGAGAUGAUUCAGAAUCUCAUAACCGGUACAGUUACCAAAACACUGCCCCUUUCAAAUUACCGGUCCGUUGAUGUUAGGGAUGUUGUCUCUGCUCAUAUUCUGGCAUUUGAAGUUCCUUCAGCAAGUGGAAGAUAUUGUUUAGUUUCAAAUGUUACACACGCUUCCGAGGUUCUGAAGAUUAUACAAGACCUUUAUCCCACUUUGCACCUUCCUGAAAAAUGUGAGAUUGGCACGACUUCAGACCCGAAAUAUCCAGUAUCAGCAGAGAAAGCAAAAGGUUUAGGAAUUAAUUUCCUUCCGUUGGAAGUAAGUCUUAGAGACACAAUUGAAAGCCUGAAGGAGAAGGGCUUCCUCAAGAUUUGAAAUAUGCAAUUGAAACAGAAACUUGUUAAUCUAUUGCAAUAAGAUGCUGAAAAAUAAUAUGUUUCCUGUUAAUACUUUCUUAAGUUAAUCUGCAGACAGAGUUGACUACGCAAAUGCUCAGACAUUGCUUUCACGUCGUUCUGUAUAAUUCAAUAAAAUUGUAGAAUUGCAUGGAAAAAAACUCAAAUUUUAAUCAUUUGCAAUAAUACCGAUGACUUGUUGA